AUGGACUGUUUGAUGAAGGCUAUUUGGCUGUCAAAUAUUUGUGUAUUGGUUGUGGAUGUAACGGAUGGAGUAUUUGAAAGGGAUUUUAAUAAUCCAAUUGGAAAUAUAAGAACUCACUUACAAAUGGCUGGAGCUGUUGGAUUGACCAAUUUGAUUGUUUGUUUAACAAAAUGUGAUUUAUUGCCAGAGUCUGAAUUGAAUUCAAGAUUGGAGGAAAUCAAAUCAAAAUUGAGUACUUUUUUAUUGUGGAAAAAUGUUCCUUUCAUUCCAGUUUCAUGUGUAAAGAAUGAAAAUAUAUUCACACCAAUUGGUGAUGAGUUUUCACAAGGAAAGUCACUCGAGUCUGUAUUGAAAGAAAUUAAUAUUGAGCCACGGAAGGAAUGGAUUGAAAAACCUCUAAUGAUGGCUAUAUUGGACAAGUACAAAAUUGCUGGCGUUGGAACAGUGGUGGCUGGAAAAAUAAUUACUGGCAGAGUUCAAGUAGAUCAACAAGUUUAUUACAGAGAUGAUUAUUCAAACCCAUUGAGAUCUAUUGAAAUUGCAUUCGAGCCACGUAAUGAAGCUAUCUGUGGAGAAUUUUGUGGAAUCAAUAUCAAACAUGUAUCUGCGAGAGAGAUUGAAUCCCAUUUCAUAGUUCACGAUCAGGCAUACUUGGAGACUGAAAAACGAGCUGUGGAAUCCUUCAGAGCCCUAAUCAAGAUUAUGAAUCAACCAAAGAAUGGAAUUAAGGUUGGAUAUACUUUCAAACUUUAUCAUUCUGUGACUAAUCAAUGUAUUUGUAAAAUAGAAGAUAUUAUAGCCACUGUAAAUCCAAAAACCAAUAAGAAAAUAGAAGCAUAUCCAAACAAACUCAAAAAAGGAGACUUUGUAGAAGUAAGAUUACGACCAGUCAUAUCAAAAGAAUCCAAAACUUGUUACCUGGAAACAUUUGAACGAAAUGAAACUCUUGGACGAAUCAUCUUAAUGAAUGGAAAGUUAAUAAUUGGAGUUGGAAAGGUAUUAAAAAUAAAUUAA